GCCGAGGCACGUGCGCAGUCCCGGAAGCGGCGCGGCGAAGCUGCUGGGCGCGCGCCGCGGGAGGAAGCGGCUCCUGGUCGGCGCGGGUCGGAUCCGCCUGGGCCAUGGAGUCGCUGAUCGAGCUCGCGCCCCGCUGUCUUCCGCUUCUCCCCUUGCUGCUGCUGCUGCUGCCAGCCCCGGAGCUCGGCCCGAGCCAGGCCCGGGGAGAGGAGACCGACUGGGUCCGGCUGCCCAGCAAAUGCGAAGGGUCAUGUGCCCCCACUGCAGUGUGCAAAUAUGUCGCCGUGGAGCUGAAGUCAGCCUUCGAGGAAACGGGCAAGACGAAGGAGGUGAUUGGCACGGGCUAUGGCAUCCUGGACCGCAAGGCUGCGGGAGUCAGAUACACCAAGUCGGACUUGCGGUUAAUUGAGGUCACUGAGACCAUCUGCAAACGGCUCCUGGACUACAGCCUGCACAAGGAGAGGGCCGGCAGCAACCGUUUUGCCAAGGGCAUGUCGGAGACCUUUGAGACGCUGCACAGCCUGGUGCACAAGGGCGUCAAGGUGGUGAUGGACAUCCCCUACGAGCUGUGGAACGAGACCUCCGCCGAGGUGGCGGACCUCAAGAAACAGUGUGACGUGCUGGUGGAGGAGUUCGAGGAGGUGAUCGAGGACUGGUACCGGAACCACCAGGAGGAGGACCUCACCGAGUUCCUGUGCACCAACCACGUGCUGAAGGGCAAGGACACCAGCUGCCUGGCAGAGCGGUGGUCUGGCAAGAAGGGCGACACGGCUACCCUGGGAGAGAAGAAGGCCAGGAAGAAGGGCAGCCGGGCCAGGGCGGCCAGUGGCGGCAGCAAGCAGAGGAAGGAGCUUGCAGGGCUCCAGGGGGACCCUGGUGCCAAGGACGAGGAGGAGGGGGGCAUCCAGAAGGCGUCACCGCUCCCACACAGCCCCGCUGACGAGCUCUGAGCGACCUCGAGGCUGAAGACUCCGGCGCGAUGUCCCAGCCUGGGGACAUGGCAGCUCAGGACCAUGACGGCGCGCACCCGCCGCGGCUCCCUUCCUGGCCUGGGCUUCCGGUGGCCACGGGGUCAGGACUCGUAGGACCCAGUGUGACUCAGGAGGGACAGGAGCAGAUUCUGGAACCAGACGAGAGAUCUGCAGAGCCCAAGGAGGGCGCCCAGCCUGCAUCGCCUCCCCUGUACCUGAGAAGCAAGACUGCACCCCCAGCCCUGUGCCCAGCCCUCCUGGGGGCUCCAGGAGUAAAGACGUGUUGCCUUUUG